AUGAGGGCGGGGGGAAUAGUCUGGAUCCUUCUCCUGCUUGGGGCUGCAUCCGGUCAGGCCACCAAUGUUGUACGAGAGACUAAACUCGGGAAAGUGAGGGGUAACCUCGUACGGGUUGACUCCAUUGAUGUCGAAGAGUACAGAGGGAUACCGUUCGCCGAGCCACCGGUAGGGGACCUGCGGUUUAAGGAGCCUGUGCCCAAGACGCCUUGGGAGGGUACUUGGAACGCUACGAACGGAGAGACUAUUUGUCAUCAGGUCCUUCAUCCAAACAUUUGUAACAACCCCGCGGUUCUCACGGAAGACUGUCUUCACCUAAACGUUUGGGCUCCAGCAAAUGCAGCGAAGAGCCCUGUCCUCGUGUGGAUACAUGGAGGUGGUUUCGCGUAUGGCAGUGCAUCUCUAGACGGCAAUAAUGGCCGACUACUGGCUGCUUUAACGGGAGUGGUAGUUUUAUCAAUGAACUAUCGACUCGGUAUCCUGGGGUUUCUAAACGCCAAUUCGCCAAACGCUCCAGGAAACCAGGGACUUCUUGAUCAGCACCUCGCGCUAAAAUGGGUACAAGCGAACAUCGACGUCUUUGGAGGAGAUCCAGCUAGGGUUACGAUCGUCGGCCUUAGUGCAGGCUCAAUGAGCGUUCAUGCUCAUAUCCUGUCCCCCCUGAGCAAGGGGCUCUUCAAGAGGGCAGUCAUGCUGAGCGGAUCGCAUAACAACCUCGACUUUAUCGAUAGCACCCAUGGCAGUGUCGUGAAGGGAGACAACGUGGCCAAGUUACUUGGCUGUUCGCGACACAAUAAAGAUCUGAUCACCCACCCUGACGAUGUUCUGCGGUGCUUAAGGUCGAAAACUGCCGAAGAACUCGCCCUUGCAACAUCAGAAAUCUUCGAGUCCAAGGAAUUCACAUUCUUCCCAACGUUCAACGACCGUUUCUUGCCAAAGGCCCCAACGGCUGCCUUAGAGCGUGGAUUCUUCCAGAACAUUGACGUAAUGGUGGGGGUCACCUCAGACGAAUGCGCAUCUGUGAUCAUCAUACCAUCGGGAUCAGUUAUUUUGAGAGAAUCUUUUCAUGACAUCGAGUACGAACAACUUGAGCGAGCUUUGCAAGACGUAGUGUUCACAUGGGCGCAUUCCGACUUACCAGACCUGAUGAAGCACUAUUUGGCAAAUGUAUCCGCUGGAGAAAAACUGAAACUGACAAAGGCGUAUCUGGACUACCUUUCGGACCGUAUUUUCAACUGCCCAGCCCAGUUUUUUAGCGAAAAGCAUGCAGCCAGAAAAAACGCGGUUUAUUCUUUUGUAUUUGCUCAUAGGUCACGGAAGGAUGGCUAUCCUUCAUGGAUGGGUGCUCCUCAUCACACCACGGCUUCUUACCUCUUCCUCAGACCCUUCACACAGGAAACUAAAUUUACAGAAGAGGACAGAACUGUCAGCUCCAACUUCGCAAGAAUCAUCGCAUCAUUUUGCGAAAAUGGGUACGUCACAUUUGGUCUCCCCAUCAAGGAGUAG